AUGCCGGCGCUGCCCUUCACGUCACCAGUCGCGCAGGAAGCCAUGCUCUGCGCCUGGAACAAGGUGCCCGCAGCUUGCCGAAAGAAACUCCUUGCGCGGGUGACCUCUUCCCAGCACGCCCUGGAUGCGCUGCCGGACCUGGUGGAGGCCCUGAUCGAGGCCCCCCAGGACCCCACCCUGCCGGGCUUCAACGCCGACACCCACUGCGGGGUCAUGGAGGAGGGCCAAGCGGUGCUGCGCCUGCCCAUGCGGGCUGGCGACGAUGCCGUCAUGGUCAAGGUUGCCACACCGCCAGACGAGUACAGCACCGCCAGGCGGGCCAAGCACGCGCUCGCGCUCCUUGUCUGGGCUGUCUUUGGCGCCGGGCUCGACCUCACUGUCCCCGGCACCAAGACCACCGCCGCCCAGCUGCUGGCCGAGGCGCACCAACGCGCAGCAGUGGCAGAGCAGGCCGCCAUGAAGCUGCAGGCCGCCCCUGCCACUCGUGCUGACGCUUUGGCGGCGUCCGUGCGCCUGCAGAUCAAAACUGCUUCGCGCGCCGAGGCUGUCCAGCAACAGCAGCAUCAGCAACAGCAGCAGAAGCAACAGCAGCGGCAGCAGGGGCAGCAGCAGCAGGGGCAGCAGCAGCAGCAGCAGCAGCAGCAGCAGCAGCAGCAGCAGCAGCAGCAGCAGCUCCUGCCGGAGCGGGUCCUCCGCGCUGUGGGGCGCGCUGCGUCAGCGGCUGACAAGGCGCGGGAGGCGCCAGGUAUCCACCAUGCCGGGGCGGUGCUGCCAUGGGUGGGCCUGCCGCGGCGUAAGGCCACACAGGAUACGCCCGUCAGGCAGGCGCAGCGGCAGCCUGAUGCAGGAGGUGCGACUGCCCCCUCCCCGCUCUUCCCCAACAAGCAGCAGCAUGGUGAUGUGGGGGGAAGGUGGCCGCAGGAGGCCAUGACACCUGGGUUGGGGCCGGAGGUGGUGCAGACCAUGCUGCGCAACGCAGAGGGCUACCAGAAGCGCCUGGUGGACCACGACUACUGCCCAUCCCUGCACGAAGUCAUCGAGGUCCUGACGGCGCCGCUUAUGAGCCACGCGGCGGCAGCCGAGCGCGCGGCCAUCAGGGGCGGUGGCAACUGCCGCAUGCCCAUGGGGGCGGUGAGGCCUGAGCAGCGCGAGCAGGGGGCGCUCAGGGAGGCAGUGCUGGGGGCGCUGAGGGAGGUGGCGGGCGACGUCUACUUGCCAGAGUCGGCGCGCAGCAUGGCCAAUGGGAUGCUGGCGUUUGUGGACCGCGUGAGCGUCGUGCGCUGA